AUGGCCACAGUGAUUCACGUUACAAAGACCGUUCCAGUGACCAAUGACGCUGCUGAACAGAUUCUGUCGGACCUUGAUUCCUCCCUGCUCCACGACAGUGUCGCCAAUCAGCUUGAGCGUGUGCAGCGCGAUCUCCGGGGGUUACCUCCCCAGCGUAGCGAGGAAAAGCCGCCCAGUAAUGGCCCGGAGGACGCUGUUUAUAUUUAUAUUUCUUCUGCUUACAUGGAGGACGAACAUGUUCACAAGGUGUACGAGCAGAUUGCCCAUCAUUUCUCCAGCACAAGGUACAAGCCAUGGCCCAAAGUCGAUUCGUUCUUAAAGUCAAGGCCCACGGGCGCCGUUGGGUGUGAUAUCGGUGGUGGGAACGGCAAAUAUCUCAGGUACCCGCAGGUGUUUACUAUUGGCAGUGAUCGGUCGGAGAAUCUGACUAGUAUUGCCAGCGAGCGAGCGAUGGUAAGCGCCAAUGAUGUUUUCAGAGGUGACGGAAUGCAUACGGCGUACUGCCGGGGUAGGUUUGACUUUGCAAUUUCGAUUGCCGUAGUCCACCACUUUAGCACUCCAGAACGCCGUAUAGCCGCUGUCAAAGCGGUGCUGGAGACGCUGAGUACCCACGGAGAAUGUCUUAUUUAUGUAUGGGCACUAGAGCAGGAGAAAAGCCGCCGGGGAUGGCAUGAAGGUAUGGAUCAGGACGUCAUGGUGCCCUGGGUCGACAACCACGAUUCAGGAAAAGUCGUGCAACGCCGCGGGCGGCUAUAUUAUUGA